UUUUCAGCUGGCUUUAUGAAUGAUAUCGCUCUCACACAAUCGGAUGUCCGUGAUCUCAUGACAUCUUGGCGGAACAAAGAAAGAGCGAAAAAACAAAGAAGUUUACAUGAAAAACAUUCAAAUAGAACAUCGUUAAAACACAAAUUGAGAAAGAAACAAAGCCACAGAAAAAGAAAAAGAUGUCGGAAAAAGGAUAAAAAAUGUUGGGAAAGAUUAAACGCACACACAUUAAAUAAUAAAAAUAUAAGUAGAAGUUCGAGUGAAACGAAGCAUCGAAGUUCUCGAGUUCGUAGAGCUGCAACUGCCAGAUUAGACCGUCUUUGGAGUCAUGGUGUGAUUCCAUACCAAAUACAGUCCAAUUUCAGUGGUACACACAAGGCUCUUUUUCGACUUGCGAUGCGCCAUUGGGAAAAUCAUACUUGUAUAACUUUUGUUGAUCGUGAACCCCAUCACACUGAUUAUAUUGUUUUUACAGAAAGACCAUGCGGAUGCUGCUCGUAUGUUGGAAAACGCGGGAACGGAGCACAGGCCAUAUCAAUAGGAAAAAAUUGCGAUAAAUUUGGAAUUGUAGUACAUGAAUUGGGCCAUGUUGUAGGCUUUUGGCAUGAACAUACGCGACCUGAUCGAGAAGACCAUGUAGAAAUUAUUUAUAGUAAUAUUAUGCCAGGUCAAGAAUAUAAUUUUAACAAACUUACUUCCACCGAUGUCAACUCCUUGGGCGAAGAGUACGAUUACGGAAGUAUAAUGCAUUAUGCAAGAAACACAUUUGCGCGGGCGACUUUUGUGGAUACUAUUUUACCAAAACAUAAUUAUGGAAACCAGGACAUUGGUCAAAGACUAAAACUGAGUCCUGGAGACAUCAGACAAGCCAAUAGACUAUAUCGUUGUCCUACAUGUGGUCGAACUCUUCAAACUGCUUCGGGUGAAUUCUCACAUAAGCCCAACCGUCAGUCCUCAACCGAAGAAAAAUGUGAAUGGCGAAUAUCUGCAACACACGGAGAGAAAAUCGUUCUAAAUAUCACUUCUCUUGACAUUCCGGAGACCCUCGGGUGUACUUACGAUUACUUGGAAGUCCGUGAUGGAUACUAUGAGAAAUCUCCAUUGUUGGGAAAAUUUUUUGGAAAAAUUACGAAUUUUCUAGACGAGAUCAGAACUCUGUCUAUGCUUUCUGGCAAGCUGUCUCUGAAGCUAUUACGAUAUCCAACGACCUCAAGACGUAAAUACGCUGACAGCUACAAUCACGAGUUAAAAUACACAGUCACUCGAACAGACAAACACGAAUCAUUCAAUAAUAUAUUCGUUGGCGAACAAGACAAACAUAAAACAUCAUAG